CGUGGCCGGAUCCAUUCAUUCUUCGACUCCCACUUCACAGUUCAACAUUGGCUUCAUUUCUUCAUCGUUUGUGCCGGGAACUACACCGAAACCUUCAAGAUGAAGCUCGUUUUUGGAUUGCUACCGUUAUUGUGCCUGACAGCUUUGGCCUAUAACAGAGCAUCGAACUCGUCCGAAACCCUCACCGCUGCUGAAUCCGCCCAGUGGGGCAGAUAUGGGGGCUACCCUGGGGGCGGUUAUGGAGGUUAUGGAGGCUAUGGUGGCGGCGGCUAUGGAGGCUACGGAGGAGGAUAUGGUGGUCAUCGCCAUCAUCACCAUCAUGGCUGA